CUGCAACACCCACUAAAUCUAAAAGCUAAGAUCCAUUCUCAUUGAGAUUCACAAGAAAAAAUGGGUAGCCUUGAGGCCGAAAGGACAACUGUUGGAUGGGCAGCUAGAGACCCUUCUGGUGUUCUUUCUCCAUACACAUACCCUCUCAGAGACACGGGCCCCGAUGAUGUUUACAUCAAAGUUCACUACUGUGGACUCUGCCAUUCCGAUCUCCACCAAAUUAAAAACGAUCUUGGCAUGUCCAAUUACCCUAUGGUCCCUGGCCACGAAGUCGUAGGGGAGGUUCUCGAGGUUGGCUCCAACGUUACGAGGUUCAAAGUUGGUGAGAUCGUGGGAGCGGGACUCCUCGUUGGCUGCUGCAAAACCUGCUCUGCAUGCCAAUCUGAUGUAGAGAAUUACUGCAGCAAGAAGAUCUGGUCUUACAACGAUGUUUACAUUGAUGGAAGACCCACUCAGGGUGGCUUCGCUGAAACCAUGAUCGUUGAGCAAAAGUUUGUUGUGAAGAUACCAGAAGGCAUGGAGCCAGAGCAAGUUGCGCCAUUGUUGUGUGCAGGUGUGACCGUGUACAGUCCACUGGCGCACUUUGGGUUGAAGAAGAGUGGCAUGAGAGGUGGAAUAUUGGGGCUUGGUGGAGUUGGACACAUGGGUGUGAAGAUCGCAAAGGCACUGGGUCACCACAUCACUGUUAUAAGCUCUUCUGAUAAGAAGAAGAAAGAAGCACUUGAGGAUCUUGGUGCUGAUAGCUACUUGGUUAGCUCUGAUUCUUCAAGCAUGCAAGAAGCUGCUGAUUCACUUGAUUACAUCAUUGACACUGUCCCUGUUGGACACCCUCUUGAACCUUAUCUGUCUCUUCUCAAGCUUGAUGGCAAGUUGAUCUUGAUGGGUGUCAUCAACACCCCUCUUCAAUUUGUUAGCCCUAUGGUCAUGCUUGGGAGGAAAUCAAUCACGGGAAGCUUCAUUGGGAGCAUGAAGGAGACAGAGGAGAUGCUGCAAUUCUGGAAGGAGAAGGGACUGAGUUCGAUGAUUGAGAUUGUGAACAUGGAUUAUAUCAACACAGCAGUGGAAAGACUGGAGAAGAACGAUGUGAGAUACAGGUUUGUUGUGGAUGUUAAAGGAAGCAAGCUUGAUCAGUGACAUUAUUACUAUUAUACCAACUAAACAAGUUUGAUGAAGAAGAUUAUAUAUGGGGUGCUAUGCAUAAACCCGAUUAAGUAGUUUCUUUGUGUUUUGUUAAUUCAUGAUUACUCUGUUUCCUCUGUUUCCUCUGUUCAAAGCUAUUUCUGAUACCAAACUUGUUAUUAUUUUGUAAUUGGAGUCUUCUUGAUGAAUGAAUGAAUAUUGAAAAUGA